AUGGCGUCGGGAUCCCCUCUCUCGCACACCUCCAAGAUCCUCAUAGUCGGCGGAGGCACCUGGGGCUGUAGUACGGCCCUCCACCUCGCUCGACGUGGCUACACGUCCAUCACUGUGCUCGACGCCUAUGCCGUCCCCUCCCCAAUCUCGGCAGGCAAUGACUUGAACAAGAUCCUCGAGCUCGCUUCGUUCGCAGGUGAAGACGAGGACGAGCGGUACGUGUCGCACAGGCUUCUCGAAGCCGCCACGGCGGGAUGGCUGCAUGACCCGGUAUUUCAGCCCUACUUCCAUGAGACCGGGUGCAUUGUUGCAGCCACAUCUAACAAAGCGCGGGCGUAUAUGAACUCGCCUGACGGCCCAAGCGAGGCCGACGGGUGGAUUCCUCUGCGCACGAAGGAAGAGUUCCGCGCCACCAUGCCCAAGGGCGUCCUGACGGGCGACUUCCCCGGCUGGCAGGGCUGGUGGAAGAAAAGCGGCAGCGGCGCCGGCUGGGUCCACGCGCGCAAGAGCAUGGAGAGCGCGGCCCGCGAAGCCGCGCGGCUGGGCGUCGCGUUCGUGACGGGAGACCAAGUCGGCAGGGUCACGCGGCUGAUCUAUGAAUGUUCUGACGUGAAAGGCGCGCUCACCGCGGACAGCAAGGCGCACUACGCAGACCGCACGAUCCUGUGUGCUGGCGCCAACGCCGCGAUGCUCUUCGACAUGGAGGAUCAGCUCCGCCCGACGGCCUGGACGCUGGCGCAUCUCAAGAUGACGCCCGACGAGGCCGCGCUGUACAGGGACCUGCCCGUGCUGUUCAACGUCGAGCGGGGCUUCUUCAUGGAACCCGACGCGGAGCAUCACGAGCUGAAGAUGUGCGAUGAGCAUCCUGGGUACUGUAACUGGACUGGUACUACUGGUACCGGUACCGGUGACAAAAGCACGCCGUUCGCGAAGCACCAAAUCCCACUCGAAAGCGAGGCUCGGUGCCGUGCCUUCCUGCGCGAGACCAUGCCCCAUCUUGCGGAUCGGCCGUUCAGCUUUGCGCGCAUCUGCUGGUGCGCGGAUACGCCGGAUCGUGCCUUUCUCAUCUCCUUACAUCCCGAGUACCCUUCUUUGGUGCUUGGUGUGGGGGGCAGCGGCCAUGGGUUUGCUCAUAUUCCCUCGAUUGGAGGCUUCAUUGCCGAUGCGAUGGAAGAGAAAUUGGACGAGCGGUUGAAGCACAGCUUUCGAUGGAGGCCCGAGACAGCGGUCAGACGAGAUUGGGGAGAUUUGCAGGGCAGAUUCGGACCUGAAGGUGCGGAUCGAGUCAUGGAUUUUCAGGAUAUCAAAGAAGACGAGUGGACGAGCAUUGGAAGUUCAGCGAAAGAGCGAGCGUCAAGACUGUAA